AUGUCUGGCAGUGAUUACAAGGUUGUAGCUCCUGUAGCUGGCAGUGAUUACAAGGCUGUAGCUCCUGUAGCUGAGAGUGAUUACAAGGUUGCAGCUCCUGUAGCUGGCACUGGCAGUGACUACAAUGCUGUAGCUCUUGUAGCUGGCAGUGAUUACAAUGCUGUAGCUCCUGUAGCUGGCACUGGCAGUGACUACAAGGCUGUAGCUCUUGUAGCUGGCAGUGAUUACAAUGCUGUAGCUCCUGUAGCUGGCAGUGACUACAAGGUUGUAGCUCCCGUAGCUGGCAGUGAUUACAAUGCUGUAGCUCCUGUAGCUGGCACUCCUGUAGCUGGCAGUGACUACAAGGUUGUAGCUCCUCUAGCUGGCAGUGACUACAAGGCUGUAGCUCUUGUAGCUGGCAGUGAUUACAAUGCUGUAGCUCCUGUAGCUGGCACUGGCAGUGAUUACAAGGUUGUAGCUCCUGUAGCUGGCAGUGAUUACAAGGCUGUAGCUCCUGUAGCUGAGAGUGAUUACAAGGUUGCAGCUCCUGUAGCUGGCACUGGCAGUGACUACAAUGCUGUAGCUCUUGUAGCUGGCAGUGAUUACAAUGCUGUAGCUCCUGUAGCUGACAGUGAUUACAAGGUUGUAGCUCCUGUAGCUGGCACUGGCAGUGAUUACAAGGUUGUAGCUCCUGUAGCUGGCAGUGAUUACAAGGCUGUAGCUCCUGUAGCUGAGAGUGAUUACAAGGUUGCAGCUCCUGUAGCUGGCAGUGAUUACAAGGUUGUACUCCUGUAG